GCCAAAUGCGCGAUUAGCGCCGCCGCGAGAGAGGAUCGACCCAUCGCCUCGCGACGGAGGGGCCGGCCAUGCCGUCCGCGCAGGGGGAGCUGGUGCCUCCGUGGCUCAGGUCCAUCCCGCUGGCGCCUGAGUUCCGCCCCACCGCGGCCGAGUUCGCCGACCCCGUCGCCUACCUCCUCAAGAUCGAGCCCGCCGCGGCGCCCUUCGGCAUCUGCAAGGUCGUGCCGCCGCUCCCGCCGCCGCCCAAGCGGACCACGCUCGGCAACCUCUCCCGCUCCUUCGCCGCGCUCCACCCGGGCGACCCCUCGCCCACGUUCCCCACCCGGCACCAGGAGCUCGGCCUCUGCCCGCGCCGCCCGCGCCCCGCGCUCAAGCCCGUCUGGCACUCCUCCCGCCGCUACACGCUCCCGCAGUUCGAGGCCGAGGCAGGGGCCUCGCGGAAGGCGCUCCUCGCGCGCCUCGGCGUCCCCGCCUCCAGGCAGCUCUCGCCGCUCGACGUCGAGGCCCUCUUCUGGCGCUCCACCGCCGACCGCCCCGUCACCGUCGAGUACGCCAGCGACAUGCCCGGCUCGGGGUUCGCCCCCCGCGACGCACGCCCGACGCAGCUGCCCGCGGCCCACGUCGGCGAGACGGCCUGGAACAUGCGCGGCGUCGCCAGGAGCCCCGCGUCGCUGCUGCGGUUCCUGCGGGAGGAGGUGCCCGGGGUCACGUCGCCGAUGCUCUACGUCGCCAUGCUGUUCAGUUGGUUCGCGUGGCACGUAGAGGAUCACGACCUGCACAGCCUCAACUACCUGCAUUCCGGGGCUCCCAAGACGUGGUACGGGGUGCCGCGCGACGCUGCCCUCGCGUUCGAGGACGCGGUGCGCGUCCAUGGGUAUGGUGGCGAGGUGAACCCCUUAGAGACGUUUGCAAUGCUGGGUGACAAGACUACGGUGAUGUCCCCUGAAGUGCUCGUGCAAUCUGGGAUUCCCUGCUGCAGAUUAGUGCAGAAUGCAGGGGAGUUUGUGGUCACUUUCCCCGGAUCAUAUCACAGCGGUUUCAAUCACGGAUUCAACUAUGCGGAAGCAUCAAAUAUGGCUACUCCUGAAUGGUUGAGAGUUGCAAAAGAGGCUGCAGUUCGGAGAGCUUCAAUCAAUCGUCCUCCCAUGGUUUCACACUAUCAACUGCUCUAUGAACUUGCACUGUCGAUGUGCUUGAGGGAUCCAUCCAGCGGGGCUAUGGAACCACGAAGCUCUAGGUUGAAGGAGAAGAAGAAAAGUGAAGGUGAACAAUUGGUCAAAAAGAUAUUUGUCCAAAAUGUUAUUGAAGACAAUAAACUGCUUAACCAUUUUCUGAGUGAUGGGUCUUCUUGCACUAUUCUUCCAACUAGUCCCAAUGAUGGUUCUGCAGUAUCAAGUUUACUCUCAAAAUCACAGUCAACAACUAAACCCAGGAUAUCGGAUUGCCAGUGCAGUAGCGCAGAAGCUCCAAAAGACUCAAGAUGCUUACCAACAAAUGGGCUGCUUGGUAAGAAUGGGGAAUUGCCAUCAUCCAAAGAAAUUCCAAUGUCAGUUUGCUCAGGAGAGAAGUUCCCACCUACAGCGUGUAUGCAUGACUGUGUAAACAUGUCGGGCUCAUCAGAUGCAAACAAUGCAGAAAGUGAUAAGGGGGAUAUAAACAGUGCUGAUGGCCUUCUAGAUCAAGGUUUCUUAUCCUGUGUCACUUGCGGGAUUUUGAGUUUUUCAUGUGUGGCUGUCGUCAAACCAAGGGAGUGUGCAGCAAAAUGGUUGAUGUCUGCUGAUUCUAGUUUGAUCAAUAAACAAUUUGCUGGUUCUGGAGAAGGUCAUCUGAUAGAUGCAUUACAAAGUGCGACGACAAAUAGUGGAGUUUUACGAUCUGGUUUUGAAAUGGAUAGCAAUAGAAUAAGUUCAGGUGCUGCAGCCCUCAACAGGAAUUCUGCUCUUGACCUUUUGGCAUCUGCUUAUGGAGAUCCAUCAGAUUCUGAUGAUGAUGUUUUGAACAAAAAAAUUCAGGUCUCUAAUGUCUCCAGUGAAUUAAUAAGUCACACAAUUGAAUCACAGCCCAAUAAUACUUCAAGUAUCGGGUGUGAUGGAACUAACCUGUCGUCAAGUAGUAAAGAACACCAACAAAGACCAUCUUCUCAGAGGCCACAAUGUAUUGGUAACACAAACAAUGGACCAAAAGGUGUUCGUACAAGAAAUAAGUAUCAACUUAAGAUGGUGCUUUCUGAGGGGUUUCAACCAAAGGAUAUAUAUUCAGAAAUGCAAAAGAAGGUUCAAUGUGAACCAUUGAGCUCGAACAGGACUUCAACAGAGGGACUUCAUGGUACAGAUUGUCAAGCUGCCCAUAACAGUGCUACAAUCUGUAUGGAUGGUAACAGAAGCACUACGACUAUGGUGGACAACUUAGCUACAUCGAUUGUGCAACCUGAUAAGGAUUCAUCAAGAAUGCAUGUAUUUUGUCUUGAACAUGCUAUUGAGGUUGAGAAGCAACUUCAAACUAUUGGGGGUGCCCAUAUUUUUCUUUUGUGCCGUCCAGAAUAUCCCAAAAUAGAAGUAGAAGCCAAAUUGCUGGCUGAAGAAAUGGAAGUUGAGUAUGACUGGAAGGAUAUUCGUUUCAAAGAGGCAAGCAUCGAGGAUAGGGAGAAGAUGCGGGAAGUUGUGCAGGAUGAGGAAACAAUACCGACAAAUAGUGAUUGGGCUGUAAAACUGGGCAUUAAUCUUUAUUAUAGUGCUAAUCUUGCUAAGUCUCCUUUAUAUAACAAGCAAUUGCCAUACAAUAGAGUUAUCUAUAAGGCAUUUGGCUGCAGUUCUCCCAAUAACUCGCCAGUAAAGCUGAAGACUUAUGCCAGAAGGCAAGGCAGGGCGAAGAAAAUAGCCUUGGCUGGCAGGUGGUGCGGGAAAAUAUGGAUGUCAAACCAGGUCCAUCCAUACUUGGCUCACAGAAUCAAAAGUCAUGAGCCAGAUGAAAUAGAUGAAAUCUGUUCUUCUAUUCAGAAACCCAAUGCUGAACAUGUUGAAAAUUCAAGUAGAGAGGGCACCUCCACAAGAAAGAGUAGCAGCAGAGCAAUUGAAGAAAAAACAAGCAACAGGGAGAAAGAACCAUUGGAGAAAGCAAAAUCCAAGAAGCCAAAACAUACUGAAGAGGACGAUUUGAAAGCAUUAGAAGGUGCUGCAGAGGCCUCCGCAAGAAAGAGUAACAGCAGAACAGAUGAAGAAAAUGCAAGCAAGCGGAAGAAAGAACCUGUGGAGAAAGCGAACACAAAAAAGCCAAAAUAUACUGAAGAGGAAAAUUCAAAGUCAAUGAAAGGUGCUUCGGAAGUCUCUCCCCCCUCACCAUCUAGGAUGGUAAUCCGUAGCAGCUCCAGGAUUGCCAAUAGGAAAAACAUGCUGAAAUCAAAGAUGGAAGAAGAGGAUAAUGAUCCAGCUAGCCAUCCAAAGGCAAUGGUUGAAGAGGAUAGUGAUGAUCCUGCUAGCCAUUCAAGAGCUAGAGGAGCGCUAAGGCAGAAGACAAACAUAGAUGUGAAGAAACAAACGAAGAAAACUAGAGCAGAAAAGCAAAAGGCUUCAAGCCCAGCUGCUCUGAAGGAUGAAGAGCGAACGUCGGAAUGCAAGGAACUUUCUUUCACAAAACAGCAGCUAUCUUCACGCAAGCAGAAGACUAAAGUAGAAGAAAAGCAGCAAAUGAAGAAAACUAGAGAAAAUAAAGGAGCUCCUCCAAGUUCUCCGAAGCAUGGUGAAGAGUAUGCAUGCAACAUUGAAGGCUGCUCCAUGAGUUUCGGCACAAAACAGGAGCUGUCUCUGCAUAAGCGUGACAUCUGCCCAGUGAAGGGCUGUGGCAGGAAGUUCUUCUCGCACAAGUACCUGCUGCAGCACCGCAAGGUUCACAACGAUGACCGUCCACUGAAAUGCUCGUGGACGGGCUGUGACAUGGCGUUCAAGUGGCCAUGGGCUAGGACAGAGCACAUGAGGGUGCAUACAGGCGACAGGCCCUAUGUUUGCCCCGAGCCAGGGUGUGAACAGACAUUCAGGUUCGUCUCUGAUUUCAGCCGCCACAAGCGCAGGACUGGCCAUGCAGCAAAGAAGGCCAAAACAAAGAAGUGAGGCAAAGCAGCAGUAGCUUACAGUAGUAGUGAAGGAAUAGGAGAAAGUUUGUACAUUCCGUUAGCACCCAGAGCCCAUGUUGGUCUCUGCUCACAGUUUGGAGGAAUUCUAAUGGACCCACAAUUAGUGUGGUUCCGUGUCAGUAAUUUGGUUAUCAUUAACAAAUUAUCAUGGUCUCUGCUGACUUGAAAUCCAUGGUUAAGGUUAAGUAGCA